GAUCUAUCCCAAACCGCCACCAUGGCCGACCAAGCACCGGAGGAUGGAACCAAGAAGAAGCGUACCUUCCGUAAAUUCACCUACCGUGGUGUGGAUCUCGACCAGCUGCUGGACAUGAAGCAGGAGGCCCUGGUGGAGCUCAUGCAUAGCCGGGCUAAGCGGCGUUUCAAGCGUGGACAGCGCAGGAAGCCCCAGGCCCUGAUCAAGAAGCUGCGCAAGGCCAAGAAGAACACGCCACCGAACGAGAAGCCGGCUUGCGUGAAGACGCAUCUGCGUAACAUGAUCAUCCUGCCGGAGAUGGUCGGUUCUACCGUGGGUGUGUACAACGGCAAGACGUUCAACCAGACGGAAAUCAGGCCCGACAUGAUCGGCCACUAUCUGGGCGAAUUCUCGAUGACGUACAAGCCCGUCAAGCACGGUCGUCCCGGUAUCGGUGCAACCCACAGCUCCCGUUUUAUUCCGCUUAAGUGAAGUG